AAAUAAAUAAUUUAUUUUUAUUAAUUUAUAAUCGUUUUAUUUCAAAGUACAUUAUAUACAAACUGAAAGGUUAAUAAACAACAAGAUUAAUUUCAAAAUAACUAUAUUCAUAACCCGAAGUUUACUAACGAUAUUACACAACAAAAUAAAAUACAGUCUUACAAAUUUCAUGAACCAUAAGUACACAGAUCGAAAGGAGAAAUUAAUUUUGAGCAAACAAAUAACACUAAUAACUUAUAUCACAAAUCACAUUAUACAGACAAGGGUGGCGUCUCGUGCUAGGAUGCUUACCAUCUAAAUAAAGCAUUUAUUACAUUUUCUACUGACCAAGUGCAAGUGUUUCGAAAGGAAUAAAAAACAAAUAGCCAUUAAGUAAUGCCUUUCUUGCAAUCCUUAAAAUAAUUAUAACAAAGAACAUCAAAUAAGGCACCACUUUAUUUCAUUUGAAACAAAACUCAGGAAUAAGCAUUCGUAGCACACGAGACUCAUGGAGAUGGAUAUUUGUUACAAGCUUUGAGAUCGUAUAUUUUCCAAGCGACUAUUUACAAGGGCUUUAGAUUUAAAAUUUCGUUUUUAUAUUAUGUGAUAUGUAAACACAAUGUAAGUACACGAAAUUAACAGCAUAAUACGCAUGUAACGUUAAGAUUCAUCCCCAACCACCCUGCAAUGAUGUCUAGCAUUCGUUCAAUGCAUACACACCACAAACUUUGAAUUCAUCAUCAUACUUCAGUUACAAUUAGCCAUGAUACAAUAAAUUUACAAUAUACAACAUGAAUAAUUAAUAUGAGUAAAAUAUCUAAUAAAAUUGAGACAAAAGAGAUGAUAUAAUUUUAUUAUAAACAGAAACAAUAGUGAUUGGACACAUGCAAUGUAAACGACUAGUUUCAAUUGUAUUGUAUCGAAAAGUUAUACGUAAAUGAAGGCAUUUAAUGUUGAUACGAACAGAAUGAAAAUAAAACAAAAUGCAUAGGUAUGGCACACACUAUCAUGCCGUGGAAGAAAACAGCCCGGUUUUGUGUUACAUCAGCAAAAAUUAUGUCACGCUUCUCAAUUGCACAACUAACAAAUAUGAACGUACGUGUUUUUAGUCGAACAUAUAAGUUUGGAAUGUUCACAUCGUUAUACAUAUAACCAAUCUAAAGAAAACUAUGCCUUGACUAUGACAUUUCACAAACUAUUUUCUGUGUACUAAAAAUAUAUGUUACCUAAUUUUGGACUGAUAUUAAUUUUUUAUUUAGCACCAAAGUCCGAACUAUUUUAUUUAAACACUAUCUACCUAAAAUUCAGUAGCGAUGUUUACGUUUUAAUUAAAUAUUCAAAAUGACAAUUCUAUUUUGGAUGUUAUGUAACUGAGAAUGGUAAACAAAAAUCCUGAUACUCAGCUAACUAUAUGUAGUACAUAAUUAAACAUGAAUAUUAAUUUGGCCAAUAAAUGUAUGGCAUACAAAAUGAACAACUCUUACUUUAAUAUUAGUGUCUAAGUGAAAGUGGCGAUAGUAAAUUUGUAUGUGAUUAAGAUAUAAUAAGGAAAUAAAAUCUUGUAUUUACAAAGAGGAACAAGGUGAUUCGCUAAUUAGACAAAAAAGAAGUUAAUAACAUGGCACCAUUUUAAACCUUAAGCUGAAACAUAUUUAUUGUUUUUAUACUUGGGAGACAAUAUCACUAGACGACAGGAGCGUAUUUAAAACACCCUAUACAUGUACUAGUCAAGAAGAGACGCGCUCAGUACUUAACCGGGAGAACUGAACAUUAAUUAUUUUAAGAACCAUUUGGUGGAUGAUUUAAAACAAUAGACAGACACCAUGAGACAGUCUAAAACAUAAACCGAUCAUCAGGUUGCUGUCAUGGAUGAGUCUAUUAAGACUUUUCGACUGAAUUAAAAACAAGUCAACAUUUAAAUUAACUCCUUAACUAAACGCACCAAUAGUGCAGAACAUACAACAAAAUAUUGUCAAUAAAAGUAUCAGCUAUUUUAAAGACCAUUUUACGACAAUCACAACUUCGUAUUUAAAUUUUUUCCAUUACAUAUUUUAGGGCCAAUAGGAUUUUACAUUUUUUUUCAUCUAUACUUAAGCCUCUUUUGAAAGGCUCGCUCGUAUCCGUAUACAUAGCGAAUAUUGCACAUUUAAUUUAAGUAUAAGACGGAGUAAUAAAACUUAAGUGACAGCAAUUUUUUAGUAAUGACAUCACUAACAGUUUUAUUUACAUAUCGGCGGGAAUAAGUAAACUAAGAAAUCCGAUGUAAAAUUAUUAAAGGUAAGCAAUAUUAACGAUCCAUCUGUCGAAACACAUGUGGCUUGUUUAUUUUCCAGUUCCUUCGCAAACCAUUAUAAACAGCCUACAAUAGAUGUUGUUAUACAAUAAAUCCUAUUCAUAAACAUAUGUAGGCAGGCAGUGGAAAAAAUAAAUAUAAAUCGGGACUGGACUACGUAAAUAACUAUAGCAUUUAUUUUACGGAAAUAUUCGAAACUGUUGAAAUGGGACAAGGAAAAUAUAUAAAUAAU